AUGCCCCCGAGGGCGCCUCCCGUACGCCCCACCGACGAUGACGGGACGGUAGCGACGAGGAAUCAGACGCGGACCUUUGAUUACAUCUGGCGGUCCGGCGUCGCGGGAGGCUUGGCGGGCUGUGCAGCAAAAACGGUUGUCGCACCUCUCGAUCGAGUCAAGAUCCUGUUCCAGGCGAGCAACCCCCAGUUCGCAAAGUAUACGGGCUCGUGGUUCGGCGUUGUGACGGCAAUGAAGGACAUCCGCUCCCACGAAGGCCUCACAGGGUUGUUCAGAGGGCACUCGGCGACGCUGAUCCGAAUAUUCCCCUACGCCGGCAUCAAGUUCCUUGCCUAUGAACAAAUACGCUCCCUCGUCAUUCGCCGGAAGGACCAAGAGACGCCUUGGCGCCGGCUCAUCAGCGGCUCCAUGGCUGGCGUCACUUCCGUCUUCUUCACAUAUCCCCUCGAAGUCAUCCGUGUCCGUUUGGCUUUCGAGACAAAACAUGGCGGCUCCUCAUUAGUCAACAUUUGCCGCCGGAUUUACAACGAGCGUUUUGUGCGGGCCUCCGCUGCAGCACAAACGGCAAGUACCCCGGCAACCGAGGCGACGGUCGCCUCGGCAGUGGCCGCCGUCGCGCCACGGUCAGGAUUGAUCAACUUUUACAGAGGCUUCACGCCGACUUUGCUGGGCAUGCUUCCUUACGCCGGCAUGUCCUUCCUCACGCACGAUACCGCCGGCGACCUUCUCCGCCACCCCAGUGUCGCCAAGUGGACGACCAUCCCUCAGCCAAAGGACUCGCCCGCGGGGAAGGCCGUGCCGCUGCGGUCCUGGGCUGAGCUCCUCGCCGGCGGUGUCGCCGGUCUCGUAUCUCAGACUGCGUCGUACCCUCUGGAGGUCAUUCGCCGGCGGAUGCAGGUUGGCGGCGCCGUCGGGGACGGCCACCGACUCCGUAUCAGCGAGACGGCGGCCAUGAUUUUCCGAGAGAGAGGAUUGCCGGGGUUCUUUGUGGGCCUGACGAUCGGCUAUGUCAAGGUGGUGCCAAUGGCGGCAGUGGCUUUUUACACGUACGAGCGCGCCAAAAUGUGGCUCAGAAUCUAG